AAAAUAAAUAUAGGGAAAUAUUUCCACGAAUAUAUAUUUCAGCCUGCAUUUCGAAUCAAAACAAAUCAACUUUCUAUAGAAAAAAUUCAUUCGUUUAGAAAGAAACUUAUAUUUGUUCGAAUUUUAAGCUCAAUUCAUUCCAAUUUUUAAAUUUUUAAAAAUGACUAGUUAUAAAAUUAAAAACGACAAAGCUUCUAUAUAUUUGAAUGAUGACGAUUUGAUUUCCGAAAUGAUCACAUUGAUAAAACCGAAUCCAUGUUUAUGGAAUGUUGCGGAACCGGAUUACAAGAACAUAACUAAAAAAGCAGCUAUUUGGAACGAAAUCGCCUUGAAACUAAAUUGUUAUGUGGCAAACAAAAAUAAUGUUUAUGAAUUGCCAAAUUUAAUAAGUGGUAAAUUAGUCAAGGCUAAAUUUCGAAAUUUGAAGAUUACUUAUGCGACAUUAAAAAACAAAAGAAUUUCUGAAAAAGAUUCGACUGCUAUACGUUGGAUACAUUUCCAAGAAAUCGAAUCGCUAAUGACAAAGAUUCCGGUUCGAACAGGCUUUGAUUCAACACUAGCAACAACCAAUGAAGAAGCUAAUGAGUCAAAUCAACAGACAUCAUCAUCAUUUGUGUAUGAAACAACAUCACAAAAAGAAUCAAUAAUUCCACAAAUGCUUUCAUCAUUCACGCAAGAAUUGACAAACGAAACAAUGAGUGAAAACGAAAUAUUUUUCAACGAGAAUCAAUCAGCUAAGCGUAUAUCAAAAAAAAGGAAACAUGAAGAGGAAUAUCAAGACAAAAUUUCAUGUGAUCCAUUGUUGCUGACAUUCGGCAAAUAUAUUGCAUUAAGUUUGAAUGCGUUACCCAAAGAAGUCCAAUACCAGGCCAGACAUCUGAUUUUCAAUUUACUUUAUAAGAUAGAAUCAGAUCCUAUGAAUAUAGAUUCAAUUUCCAUUUUCAAUUGAAUCUGUAAAUUAAGGAAAAAAAUUAAAUAUUAAAAUGAAAUAAAUGAAAAUUUAAUUCUAUAAUUCUCAUGACAAUCAUUCACUCAUAAAAUCCAUUUUUUUGUAAAAAAUUAAAGA